AUGAUUUCUCUUGGGAGAGGAUUCUAUGAAUUUAAAUUCACUUCUUAUGAGGAUAUGCGUUUGGCUUGGUCUUCGGGAACGGUUAACUUGAAGCCCGGUGUCCUUCGUCUUUCCAAAUGGACGAAUGAUUUUAACUCUUCUGCCCAAAGCCAAACCAAUGUUCAGGUAUGGAUUCGAUUGAUGGAACUACCGCAAGAGUACUGGAGGCAACGUACUCUGUUCGAAAUUGCGAGUGCAAUUGGCAUUCCCCUUGCUUUAGAUGAGGCCAAGAAGAACAGAACUAUCGGUCACUAUGCACGUCUUCUCGUUGACUUGGAUUUAUCCAACCGAAUCUUUGAUGGAAUUGUGGUUGAACGGGAGGGAUUCACGUUUAAACUCCCGGUGGUUUAUGAACGGCUCCCGGAGUUUUGUCCUCACUGUUAUGUUAUUGGUCAUAAUGUAUCGAAUUGCAGAUCGGUACAUCCGCCGACGGUAGAAGAGAAAAUUGUUAUGAAGAAUAAGGAGCAGCCUGAGCAAAACCAGUUCUUGAUAUGGAUGUUAAUGCAGAAAAACCAGUCACUGCAGUUACAGCAGCAACCUGAAACGCAACAACCAGUUAUUGCUCUGGCAGUUCAUGCAGAAAAGCCAAAAGUGAAGAUUGCAGCAAAUGUUGCUAAUGAUAAAAGCGAUACUUCUUUUAGCUUGGCUUUGGAUAAUGUUGUAGAUGAAAUAGUGCAUGGUGAUUUACAAACGAACAUCCCUAUUAUUCAACAAGUAGAAACUGUUGUUACUCGUGAUGGAGAGGAGGACGUCGCAGAAACACAAUUUGAUAUUGUUAUUGAUGAACAUGUUAACGAAGUAGAGCUCGCACAGCCAAUUCAUGUGGCAAUGGUGCACUCAGAUAGCUCAAGGGAUGAUGAAGAAACCGUUCCAGAAACUCAAACUACAAUGCUUUCACAGGAGCCGCUUUUGAAACCGGUCCUUAUGGAGGAUAUUGUGAUCAGCAAGCAUGGGCACAGCGAGCAGGCCAAGAUACGCCCAAUAAAGAGACUGAUUAUAAGCCGUUUUUAUCUAAAAGUGCUAAGAAGAGGAAUAAAAAAUUAG